AUGAUCAGGUGUCUUGUGACAAUUCUCGCGUUGGUUGGAGUUGCCACCUCACUUCGAUGCAACUCUUGCGACAGCUUUGUGAGCUGUACCCGCCCGUUUCCAGUCGAUUGCCCACCUCACUCGAAAUGCUAUACUCUGACAAGGAAUGGGAAUGAAAUUCUCGCCAAGGGAUGUGCCCAUUCCUGCGAAGCGAUCUCCUUUUUGGAUGGAUCUCACUGCCAGAUUUGUCAUCACGGAGACUUCUGCAAUGACUUCCAACCUGGAAUCGGACAAGGAGCCGUCAUGAGACAGCCACCAGAGAUCGGAGGUGGUGUUCAACCAUACAAUAAUGAUAAUAAUGGAGGAUACCACAUCGGACACGGUGUCCGUCCACGUUCUGCCACUCAAGCCUCAUUCGGAAUGCUCAUGGCUCUUCCAGUAUUCCGCCGUUUUCUUUUGUGA